ACAUGUUUUUUUGCCCUUAGAAGAAUCAAAAAGCGUAUUGAAAGAAUCAGAAGAAAGGAAGCUGUGGCUCUGAGCCGGCGAUAAUUCACUUUGUCAUCCCUAAAAUUUUCAUGUCCAUCUUGCCUCCUACGCAUAUUCAAGGUCACGAAUCUUCUCCUCCUCCUUCGAAUUCGUCUCUAAACCCUAGCUCUGAGCAUGGCAACAGCUCUCUUGUGUCUCCUCCUCCUUCCUCUGGAAUUGGAUCCCUCAGCCUCGCCGGAUCCUCUUUCCCAACUUCUGAUUUCUCCAGUGGCUCUCGCGAACCGAUUGCUGCAGCUGAGGAGGAGCAUAGCCAUGGAUCUCCCAAAGAGUUGCAGAUAACGCAGAUUGGAGCAGGGAAGGAGAGCUUUUCCCCACCUAGUGCAGAUAGACAUGACCAUCUUCGAUAUGAUAGUCGAAGAAAUAGGUCCAGAGGGAGAAAUACCAGAGCUGCUGCUUCUUCUUCUCAUGUGCAGCAGCACAAUGCUACCGGACCCUCCAAUUCUCCCAGAGGCUCCUCUCAUCACAAUCCAACUGGUAGACGGGCUAAUAUGAUUAGCGGGAACCAUUUACUGAACUUUCAGUAUGAUCCCAUUUCUCCCCAACAGUUCAGGGCUCCUCCUCCACCUCAGAGAAGGCAAAUGCACAGGAGGAGGCCUUAUAACAAGGACUUGUUUCUCCAGGCGAAUUACAAGUUCGUUGUGUUGGACACGGGUGAUCAUUCUCCUGAUUCCAUGGAUCCUGAUAAGAUGCUGCAGUGGGAUAACAUCAUUUGCGUGAGGUACUCCACUCCGUCUCCUGUGCAGUGUCCUAUUUGCUUGGAGUAUCCUCUGUGUCCGCAGAUAACCUCGUGUGGGCAUAUCUUCUGCUUCCCGUGUGUUCUGCAGUACCUUUUGAUCGGUGAGGAUAACCACAAGGCGGAGUGCUUCAAGAGGUGUCCUUUGUGCUUUGUGAUGAUUUCUCCCAGAGAGUUGUACACGGUUUAUAUCGAAAACGUCAAGCAGUACUCUGUUGGAGAUCCCAUCGAGUUCAUACUCCUGACUCGCAAGAAAGACUCUUUUGCUCCGACAAGGAAAAACGAGAUUGACUCGGACGUUCCUGAUCCGUUUUCGAAGUUCACGUUCACGCAAGAUGUUGAUCUCUCUGUCAGACAGGCGGUUUCGGAGCUGGAUGGUUGGAUUGCAAGAGCAGAUCCUGGGCUCGUGGAAGACUUGGAGAAGCACCUGUAUGUAAACGCUGCUUUGGAGCGUUUGGAGGAGAGGAAGUUGUACUGGAAGGAGCAGAGGCUCUCUAACUGUUGCAAAUCAAGCACGAAGCCUAGAAGUCUUGUACCGUCUUCCUCACCUCCUGAUGUUGGUUAUCAAGCUCCUUCCAUGGCGAAAGGAGCAGCAACCAGCAGCUCCAACGAUCAAGAUAAAUCAACUGAAGAAUCUUCAGUUGGUAAGUCAGAUGAGGAAUCUCAGUCUAGUUUGGAAAAGAGUUGUGAUGAUGGUCACUCUCUUGUAGAAAAGGAUGCACCGUUGAUGCCCUCCUCAGACAAUGGGAGUAAAAGGCCUCUUUUGCACCAAAAUGACAGCAAAGACCAGAAGGACAACGAUGAUGCGUACAACUUUUACCAGUCCGUUGAUGGACAGCAUAUUAUCCUUCACUCUUUGAAUAUGAAAUGCCUUCUGCACCACUAUGGAAGCAAUGACUUUCUUCCAACAAGAGUGAGUGGGAAGAUAGUGGAAAUGGAGACUGUCACCCAGUCAGAAGCGAUAAGGAGACGCUACCGCUUCUUGAGUCAUUUUUCUUUAACUACUACAUUUCAGAUAUGUGAGAUUGAUAUGAGGGAAUCAUUACCUCCUGAAGCAUUUGCUCCAUUUAUGGAUGAAAUCAAGAAGCGUGAGAAGCAGAGGAAAGAACGUGCUAGGAAGGAGCGAAAAGAUAAAAUCAAAGCUGAAGUAGCUGCAGCUGCAGAGCUUGCACCAUUGAUGGCCAGUCGUGGGCAGUUCUAUUAUGGUGACGAUCCUUCAUUUUCCUUGGAUGAUUUUGAAGCCCUUGGAAACUCUGCCCCAGUAGUAUCGUCAAGCCCUCCAACCAUUGGAGAGAGAAGUUCCUUCUCACACGUGACAAGGCUCGGUUUCGCUGCUGGCCACGACUCCCCCAACCUGAAUAACGAACCAACAACAAACGUUCAAAGCAGCAGCAGCAGCAGUGAAGUCACAAACGCAACCACAGGUGCAAGAAACACGAACACAACAUCAUUCGCUAGUGUAACAUCAAGAACACCAACCACACCUGUAGCCAUCAAAGAGCCAGGAAAGAGAGGGAAGAAACAGAGUCGGGUGCUUCUGUCGACAACCAGUGUACGCCGCUACUGAUGGAUUUGUGUGUAUGUAUAAGCUUUGCUUUUAAGAAGACCUGAAUAAAGACAAUGUGGUUAGCAAACGUUGGCUUUGUUUCUUUUGUUUUUUGAAUCCAUGCAACUUAUAAAGAAGGUGUAGCAUAGUUUACACCAUUUAUGACAAAAGUAUAAGACUCAAUUAUUGA